AUGUUCAAUUUGAAUUCACUUAAAAUGGUAUUUGAGACUCUAUAUUUUCUGCGAAAGCACACGGUGCACCCAGCUAAGCCUGUGCGAAGGCCUCCCCAGGCUAAGGACACUUGGUGCACACCAGAAUCCACGCCGGUACAUACCACAAUAACUAAAACGAGAUCUAAUAUCGAAACCAAAUCUGAGCUGAAGGAUGUACAGAAUAAAGAAAGGGAUUUAAGUCAAUUACAAAAAAUUCAGCUCUUCUCGCCGAGUCCGCCACCUGCAUACAAAUCCGAGAAUGAUAUAACACAAGCUGACACUGAACUAAAAGAGUUCAAACCGCCAUCAUCCAAUGAGAAUUCACCAGAGAUUCCACCGGUUUCGGAAGACAAACUCGAUGCAAUAAUCGAAACACCACAAAGUCCAGUGCCGACGUCUCCAUCUUAUCACCAAAAAUGUCAAAGAUUUGCACAAUGGUCGGCAAUCCGCGAUCUUUUUGUGCCGAUAGACCCUCAAGGUCCCCACUACAUCAGUUGGCUUUUCAUAAUGACGAUCAGCUAUAGUUACAACGCUUGGUGCAUAGUUCUCCGCGCUACAUUUCCCUACCAGACACCUAGCAACACCAGUAUAUGGAUGGCUUGUGACUACGUGAGCGACGUCAUGUACCUUCUGGAUACGGUGUUUGUGAAACCAAGACUGAUGUUUCUACAUGAAGGAUUCUGGGUCGAUGACCUCACUGAGACACGGAAGAACUAUAGGAAGAAGUCCCAAUAUAAGUUUGACGUGAUAUCUCUCCUCCCAUUGGAUUUAUUAUACCUAUACUUUGGAACCAAUAAAGUGAUAUUACGCUUUCCAAGAUUGUUGAAAUUGCAAACAUUUUGGGAAUUCCACCAGGCUAUAGAUAGGGUGCUUGCCUCUCCUUAUGUUGUGCGAAUCGGCAAAAUGCUCUUCUACAUCUUCUAUCUGAUUCAUUUAAAUGCGUGUGCAUACUAUGCAAUGAGUGACUAUAUAGGACUGGGCAGUAAUGGCUGGGUAUACGACAACCAAGGGUCAGCCUACAUUCGCUGUUUCUACUUCGCAACUAAAACUGCGACAUCUAUCGGCAAGAAUCCGAAGCCUGAAAACACUAUUGAGUAUUUGUUCAUGACUGCAGCCUGGUUAAUGGGUGUCUUCGUGUUUGCUAUUCUCAUCGGACAGAUCAGGGACAUUAUUGCUACUGCUACCAGAACAAGGACGGAGUACCGCAAGACACUGGACGGUAGCAGGAGUUAUCUUCGUCGAUUAAACAUGCCAGUAACACUGCAGAGACGAGUAGCAUCGUGGUACGACUACACUUGGAGUAAACAACGAUGUUUUGAUGAACCCAGAAUUUUGAAUUCUUUGCCAUCUAAUAUGAAACGCGAUGUGGCACUCGAAGUUCAUAUGACAACACUAAGCAAGGUACAACUAUUCCGCGACUGUUCAGAUUCUCUGCUCCGUGACUUGGUUUUACAACUACGUCCUGUCUGUUUCCUCCCUGGAGACGUAGUCGUACGACGCGGUGAGGUCGGCCAUCAGAUGUACAUCAUUUCUUCUGGAGAGUGCUGCGUAAUGUCACAAGAUGAGAAAGAAGUGUUAGCUACUCUGCAAGAGGGUUCUGUAUUCGGAGAGAUCAGUUUAUUGGGCAUUGACGGGUUACGACGACGUACUGCAACAGUUAGAGCGCGCGGCUACGCAAGUUUAUUCGCUUUAUCCAAAAGCGAUCUCGACGCUGCACUAAAGCAUCACAAGCAAGCCGCUCAAGUACUACGCAUUAGAGCUGACCAGAUUAUUCGAGAAAAUGCAGCCAGACAGGCUAAACAGCGUAUGAUAAGACUUGAAGCGAAGAAAAGUGUCAGUAUACAUGAAGAUGAGAGUAUCGUGAGAAGACGGCUGUCCAAUACUUCCAGUGCUUCUAAUUUGACUCUAGAGGGCGCUAGGAGGCAAAGGUCAGCUAGUGCAAUGUCUAAGAGAAGACUGUCUGCUGUUUCUGAGAGUGGAGUUGUUGAUCAGGGCCAGGCAGCCACUUUAGCAGUAACUUGUGACAGAGCACGAACUCCAGUACCAACAAUAGUCCUGUCGGGGGAUUGA